CUGUAGCACUGGAUACUAAAUAUACUGUAACAGCGGUCAGGAGUGUUUCAAGGCAAUAGGGACCUGCCCCUAUCAAGUAGCACAUGAUACCAAACCACAUCAUUCCAAUCUUCAGUCUUUUGCUUUAUUAUCAAAAUAAUAAAAAGGUGCAUACUGUGCAUGUACAUAAAUAAAUACUUCAGUAGUAUCUAUGUGUCAAUCAUCAUCCCAGGCACAUGCACUUAGACAUUCUACUUUUCAACCAAAUUUCAAAAAAUUACAAAGCUUUUGGCAGAUAGCGAGCGGCGUGGGGAUCAUGGAGUUGUAGCAGUCUCGUGUACAUAUCCAAACAUAGAAUUUAAGGGGGCUUCUAUCAUAAUUUUCAUUGCUGUGGACUCAAAUAAUCAGCGGUUCUCGGGGGGGGGGGGGCAUCUCAUCUCAUCUCAGGGCCCCAGGCAAUGGCUUGCUUUGCCUACCCUGUUGCAACACACCCGGCAGCAGUGGCCGCAGGUUCACUACAGCUGCUGACGUGAGGACAAAGUGAUCAACCACUGUGGCCAUUUCUCCAGUCUGGUUUGAGACGGAAGGGGACAGGGGAAGACAAUGACAGCAGCCUGGUCAGAGGAUAUGUUUCUAUUUGCAUGCGUACACCACUCCACCACCACCACCACCCCCUCCCUUUUCCGAGGAACAAUGCUGAAUAGAGGAUUGCCUGAUGUCAUCCGACUUUGCUGCCGCUGAUCUGACACAAAUCAUAAAUCCUUUUUUCUCCCCCAGUUCCUUCCCUGAACUGAUGUAGUCUCCGUCAAUCCCGUGUCACUGAAAUCGGGCUCAUGGACAGAUCCGGUUUCAGAGGAUUUCUUCAAAUGUAGCCCGCAUCCAUCGGUGACCAAUUCCCACAACUCCUUUCCCUUGGGGGGACAAAGGUCGUUUCACAUCCACUUCCUGUGGCUGAGUCAAGUUUUUCAGUCUGAGCGAUCCAUCAAUGCAUUCUCUUGGUGAAGUCACAGACAAAGGACGGGUCUUGAGUCGAGCAUUACCACUUCUCUUUUGUCGUGUGCAGUGGCUGCAGAAAUACAAUGGCUGCAUUUACUGUUGUGUAAGACCCUCGAGAACGAAUACAGAGUGACAAUCAACCGGACCUAAUGUAUGCUGUUGCCAUCACGUCAUUUGGUAGAAAUAUCUUUUACGGUUGCAUUUUCUUCUUGACACAUUUAGUCACUGGCUCUACUGUAACAAGAAAAAGUGUCAAAAACACUUUUCACCCUCUUUUUCCCCCACCACCCGUCAAAUGUCUCACUCCCUCGACCAGUUGAGGGCGACUUCACACAAUUGCAUGUGUGACUGUUAUCAGGUCUGCACAGACUUGACAGCCCACCCUGCAACUGCGGAUUUGAUGUCAUGGCGUCCGACCUACCGAAGCUCCAAGUUUCGAAAUGUCUACGGAAAAGUAGCCAACCGGGAGCACUGCUUCGACGGCGUCCCCAUCACCAAGAACGUCCACGACAACCACUUCUGUGCCGUCAACUCCAAGUUCGUCGCAGUGGUCACCGAGAGUGCCGGCGGCGGCUCGUUCAUGGUCAUACCUGUGGCCCAGUCUGGUCGUCUGGAUUCUCAUUACUCCAAAGUGUGCGGCCACCAAGGCAACGUGCUGGACAUCAAGUGGAACCCUUUCUUUGAAAACAUCAUCGCGUCCUGCUCCGAGGACACAUCGGUGCGAGUAUGGGAGAUCCCAGAGGGCGGCCUGAGGCGCAACAUGACGGAGGCGGUGCUGGAGCUGUACGGCCACAGCCGACGGGUGGGACUGAUCGAGUGGCACCCCACCAGCAGCGGCGUCCUCUUCAGCGCCGGCUACGACUACAAGAUCCUGAUCUGGAACCUGGAGAUCGGCGAGCCUGUGAAAAUGAUCGACUGUCACACCGACGUCAUCCUCAGCAUGUCCUUCAACACGGACGGCAGUCUGCUGGCCACCAGCUGCAAAGACAAGAAGCUGCGAGUCAUCGAGCCUCGCUCCGGCAGGGUCCUGCAGCAAGCCAGCUGUAAGAACCACCGUGUGAACCGAGUGGUGUUCCUGGGCAACUUGAAGCGGCUCAUCACCACAGGGGUUUCCCGCUGGAACACCCGGCAGAUCGCUCUCUGGGAUCAGGAGGAUUUGUCCAUGCCAAUCGUGGAGGAGGAUAUCGACGGCCUCUCAGGACUCUUGUUUCCCUUCUACGACGCCGACACCCACAUGUUGUACCUGGCAGGCAAGGGCGACGGCAACAUCCGUUACUUCGAGAUCACCACAGAGAAGCCGUACAUCCAAUACCUAAUGGAGUUCAGGUCCCCGGCCCCUCAGAAAGGACUGGGCGUGAUGCCGAAGCACGGGCUGGACGUGGCCGCCUGCGAGGUGUUUCGCUUCUACAAGCUCGUCACCCUGAAGGGUUUGAUCGAGCCCGUUUCGAUGAUUGUGCCGAGGAGGUCGGACACGUACCAGGAGGACAUCUACCCCAUGACAGCGGGGACAGAACCUGCGCUGUCCGCCGGCGAAUGGCUGAGCGGCAUCAAUAGAGACCCGGUGUUGAUGUCCCUGAAGGACGGCUACCAGCGGCCCAACCAGUUGGUGUUCAAGGCCCCGGUGAAGGAGAAGAAGAGCGUGGUGGUGAACGGCAUCGACCUGCUGGAGAACGUUCCGCCCAGGACGGAGAACGAGCUCCUGCGGAUGUUCUUCCGGCAGCAGGACGAGCUGCGGCGGCUGAAGGAGGAGCUGACCACCAAGGACGUGCGGAUACGCCAACUGGAGCUGGAGCUCAACAACCUGAAGAACGUUAGCCCCAACAACGUCUGACCUCUCGAACCCCCCUGGACUGGCAAAGCUGCCGCCUUUGCCCCCCCCCCUUCAAAAUCUGACCUCCGACAAACUCCUGAGCCCUCCCGCGCACCCUGCUUUUUUUGAUAUGUCACAUUAUAUCGUUACUUCAUUCCUGCUGCCCCCCCCCCCCGCACAGUGCACACCAUGAUAUGAUUCCUAUUCUAAUCUGGUGCCAUUGCUGGAAUAUAGUGAUAGUGAGAAAUAUGAGAGGAGGCAGUGUUCGUCCAUUUGCCGCCCUCGACGUGAAAUCAAAUGAUGGGGAAAGUUUGAGAUCCAAUCAAUCUGUUUUUACAAAAAUCUAUAUUCUUGAUCUAACAUACGUUGAGUGUUAUGAUCGGCUAUUGCAUAUUUUUUGGGUCCGACCGCCUCACUAUGCCUUUUUUCCGUCCAGGCUAAAACUGGAGGAAAUCGAAAAGACCCGUCACUGGCUCCUAUCUUUCCUCCCUGAGGCCUUAGACCCUGCUGCAGACGCAGUCCGCAGCGAGCCGCCACAUCCUCUCAAAAAUGGCUGACGUGAAGUAGCCGUUGCACCGAGCGGACGAGAGCGGCGCGCGGAGACGCGGAUGGUCGUUUUUCAACGCGGCCGCUUUUUCCUCCCAGUGCGUCUUCGCUCCCGCCGCCUGUAAAUGUUACCGCCCCGUCUCUGUCAUCCAGGCGCAUCCGAGGAGCGGCGGGGUUCCUUCACUCUCGGGGUUUGUCUUCUUUGGUGAGAAUGGUGGGAGAGCAGCUCAGGGAGACACGGAUCCCAGAGGUGGUGGACCUGCAUAACUGCCCAAGUGUCGUCUGGGGGGAAGCUCCGCAGGCCGCCGUUGGGUUGGUUUUUUUUCUUAGGGCUAAUUUCGAAGGCGAUAAUGUAUAUUUGCUUCUAUUUAUUUGUCACAUUUGACCUAUUUUCAGCUAACAACGUGUACAUUUGUUAAUCCCAUUGUUUUUGUACGACGUGGCUGCGCAAGUGAUGAAUGUGACGCUCGAUAAGAUUUGUUGCUGAAUGUUUGCGGCAGAAUUGUUGCAGGGUUUGUGCGAAACUGUACCUCGAAUGGCAUAAAUAACUUUGAGACGAGGUGUGAAAAUAUACUCUUGCCUACUCCUAACAGUACAGAGAGAAGAGACUGUAACGAUAGCCAUCUCUUUACAUUUACUCCAAAGUACAUUACUAUUACUGAGACAUGUUUACCGUAGAUGUGUAGUUUGACUCUAGAGACUCUCCUCCUCCCGCCUGUGUCAUCAGCAGACGUCAGAUAAAUUGUGUUUGAACGAUAUUGUUUUACCAUCAUUUUUUAAAUUUUAUUCAAGAGAAGUAGGCGCCGGAUUAAUAUUCCAUUGAUUCCACUCCAUCAUUACAGCCGGGUUCAAGCAGGUACCAAGAUGAUUCGGCUUAAACAUGCCGAGUGUCUUUUAAGGGGAAAAAAUUAAGUAAUUAAUAAUUAUUAAAAAUAUUUUUUUCCUUUUGUGUUUCAUGAAUAGAGUCAAAAUGUUGAGAAUAAAGUUGAAAAUCAACUCCUUCGGUCCAUCAAAUCCGGAUAAAGAAGAGACCGGGAGCUGUGCGAGAUAAUGUGGUUCCAUCUUAGCGACUUCGUACCGUUUCACUUACUGAACACACAGUUUUAAGCACAAUCUCUUAAAAGCCCGCUGCGAUUACCACCCUGUGUUUGUGUCCUUGUUAGUAAAACUGUUUCUCAAGAACAGUUUCACCAGUUCGUCUGCACAAGGCAUUUCGGAAAGCCAGUCAUAUGUGCUAGCGUGAGUAGUUUGAGACUUCAAUCUGGAUAUUUCAAUUUUAUUCUUGACAUUUUGACAUUAUUUUGGAAAUACAAAAUGGGGGGGAAAAAGUAAUCUCCAUCAUCUCAUUUUGUUUCUCUUAAGCCUGGGCCUAAUACUCUUCUGUAGUCUUUUAACGCAAGCCACGUUCAGCGUGCUCCUGCUGGACACAGAAAAGGGAAAACACAUUAAUGCGUUAAUGUGUUUUAAAGUGAAAGACAAUUGGGAAGUGAGAGGGAUGAGCUGCAGUGGAAGACGGUGAAGUCGCAGCUGGAGUUGCACCGAGGACUGAAAUCCACCACUUGACUGCUUGUUUAUGAGAAGGUCGCAUAAUAAGGUUUGAUGGAUUAAAGCAUUUAACAUGACUGAAAGUACAUUUGUACAAAAUGUUGAAUGGCAUGUUGGGCUUUGACAAACUAGUGUUACAGUGACACUACCUCCAAAAUUUGUUUGGCACUGAACCUGAAGUAAAAACCUGACACAGAA